UCCCAAAACUCAAACAGUAACGAUUCUCUGCCCAGCACGUUGAUCCUAGAAACAUCGCGACCGGGUUUGUUAUACUCUCAUACAGGUCUACAGAAACAGGAAAACAACUGAAGCCUCACCAUGAAUCGAUCACUCUCAGUGCGCUCGAAGAAGAGCAGCAGCGGCAGUGGGGAGAAGUCCGCGCCCAAGCACCGCUUUACUAUGGCUUCGCUCCGAGGUACUCAGCAGCCAGAACUUUCAAAGAGGCUGUUCAAGAUCAUCAAAUCGGAGAACCAUGCGAUUGGUGCCUACGAAGCUGCGGCACGCGAACGGGUCGGCAUUGCUCAGCAGCUCUCUGAAUGGGGCGAGGCUACAGAAGACGAGACAAUUUCGGAGGUCUCAGACAAGCUCGGAGUGCUGCUCGCAGAGAUCGCAGAGCAAGAAGAUAUCUAUGCGCAACAAUUGGAGGAAUAUCGAGGUGUUUUGAAGCAGAUUCGCAACACAGAGAGCUCGGUGCAGCCAAGUCGCGAUCACAAAACUAAGGUUUCGGAUGAGAUUGCGAAGCUGAAAUACAAGGAACCUCAGAGUACUAAGAUUCCCCAGCUCGAACAAGAGCUUGUCCGCGCAGAGGCUCAGAGCUUGGUCGCCGAAGCACAACUCACCAACAUUACUCGUCAGAAGUUCAAGGAGGCAUACGACCACCACUUCGCAGCCACCAUCGAACGUGCUGAGAAGCAGAUCAUCCUAGCCAAGCACGCUCGCCGUCUCUUGAACCUUGUCGAUGAUACGCCCAUUGUACCUGGCGAUGUACACCCUCCGUUCGCAGAGGCAGAAACAGCGCGUCAGGUCCUCAAUGACGCUGAAGAUGAUCUUCGCCAGUACCGAUUAGAGGUCGAGCCUAUCCAUUCAAGUGCAGGCAACCUCGGAGUGGGCGCAAUGCCAGGCGCAGCAGCACCGGGAGUCGGACUAGGGGGGACAACUGGCACGCCGGGUCCCGAAUCUACUACGUACGGGAGUACAGUACGAAGUGAGAGUCCUGUGGGCGAGCAGUAUGACAAGGCGGGUUCCGCUCCUUACCCCUUGGAAGAGGCCGAUAGAGUAGAGAGGCUAGAAAGGCAGCAGGAGGCUCCCAGACAGGAGGUUUCCAACGUGGCCUAAAGGGCAAAGGCUGUGACUUCUGGACAGCUUUCUGGGGACACUUCCUUUUGUCUACGUGUACUAAUGAUUUGAUACAUAUCCUGAUUAUGUCUUUUCUUCUGUAGCAAGAGGUAAUUUCGUAAUGAUACGUUUGCGCGAAUGGUUUUAGUGGUGCCUAAAGUGAUGCGACAAAUUUUCUGGGCGAAUGGAGCAUACCAUUCAGAUGGGUGCCUGGAGGUGAUGAUGAA